AUGACAUUAUGACCCCGCCCCCUGAUGCGUUUUACGUAAGACGCUGAGAUGAGAGAGGGGGGGUUCGGUAAUAAGAUGGCGGCUGGAGGGUCCCGGGGAGAGAAAAGUAAAUCCGGACGCCCCGUGGCCUAACAUCUCUUCUCCUCUCCCCGAGAUGUCCCGCUAUUUACAAUGAAUAGCAAGGAGUGUGCCGAGGUGUCAGAGAACGGCCACCAUAUCAAGGUUUUUCUACCCAAGAAGCUGCUGGAGUGUUUACCGAAGUGUACUGCUCUACCUAAGGAGAGGCUGCGCUGGAACACCAAUGAGGAAAUCGCCUCUUACCUCAUUACCUUUGAGAAGCAUGAUGAGUGGCUGUCUUGUGCCCCCAAAACCAGACCCCAAAAUGGCUCCAUCAUCCUAUACAACCGCAAGAAGGUGAAAUAUCGCAAAGAUGGCUACUGCUGGAAGAAGCGCAAAGACGGCAAGACAACGCGAGAAGAUCACAUGAAGCUGAAGGUGCAGGGGAUGGAGUGCCUGUACGGCUGCUACGUCCACUCCUCCAUCGUCCCGACAUUUCACCGCCGCUGCUACUGGCUCCUACAGAACCCGGAUAUUGUCCUAGUGCACUAUCUGAAUGUGCCUGCCAUUGAGGACUGCGGGAAGAUCUGCGGGCCCAUCCUCUGCUCCACCAGCAGUGACCGAAAGGAAUGGAUGAAGUGGAGCAAGGAAGAGCUGAUCAGCCAACUGAAGCCCAUGUUUCAUGGCAUUAAAUGGUCUUGCAGUAAUGGAAAUGGAACCAGUGAAUUCUCCAUAGAGCAGCUCGUGCAGCAGACGCUGGAGACUCACCAGGCCAAACCUCCACCCCGCACCCACACCUGUCUGUGUACCACCAACCUUGGAUCAGCUGGCAGCGUCCCUCACAAAUGUACCAGCACCAAGCACCGCAUCAUCUCUCCAAAAGUGGAGCCUCGACUCUGCCCAUUCCCUGCCCUUACAGAGGUGCAGAACAUCUCCUCAACCUCUGCUGAGCCUGACCAGGGAAAGGAACGGAGGCCUGGCCAAAAGGGAAACAGGACGCCUAUGGCCAAUGACCCCAGCUCCUCACAUUCCUUCUCAGACCUUCCAGACACCACUCAGACUUCACCGCCACUGACACUUACCAACGGUUUCUAUGCUGACCGCGAGCUGGCCGGAGUCACCAUAACGACCACUCCUGGGGUACCAGGGAUUAGCGCUGUGCUUGUGAUGACGGGCAUAGCUGAAAAACCCCUAGCAUUGACACCAAGUCAACACCUGAUGCCAGGCGACACUGCGAGCCAACCUGCCACAGUCCCGGUUGGCAUUUCCUUGUUGCCUUCUCCAGUGGAGAGACUCUUGCUGUCUUCUUCACAUAGCCUGGAGGUAGCAAUGGACUCUGCCCCGGGGGGCAGCAAUGGAACGUUUGACCCUGACUCCUUCCUCAACAGCCCUAAAGAAGGACAGACUUAUGGAGGAGCAGCAAAGACAGAUGACUUCAAGUCCGAGACAUCCGAUGGAGGGAUGGUGAGCAGUCAGGUGGUAGCUUAUGUGGACGAAGACGAGCUGUUGCCAAAUGGUGAAAUGGUAACCAGCGUAAAGGAGGAGACGGCCAAUGUGAAGAAGACAAGAGUAGAGCAGGAGCCUAACAAUGUGAAGGAGGAGGCCAGCCGGGGGUCAGAGGUUGAGAUGGAGGACACCAGGGAAGGGCAGGUCAGCUCCAGCGACGACGUGAAUGCAGACGUUGUCUCCUCAGGAGAAGUGCAGGAAGACGCUGACGCCCCCAGCACCCACAUGAACGACUUGUACUCCAUCAUCCAGAAUGACCUGAGCUCAUCGUCUGGAGCCUCCAGCGUCCACAUGGAACUCUCAGCCGAAAACUUCAACAUCUCCUUCGACAGUCAGUUUCCAGACCUUAUCUCUGACCUCAUGACUGAAGAAGCCACUCCUGGAGGUUACGAACAGUUCGGAGAUCCCCAGACGACUUCUUCACCUGUCCAGGCAAUGUAUGGACCACCACAGCAGCAACAGCACCAGCACCUGAGUGGGAACACGCCCGGCAUUACAGAUCCCUUCCCUGAGGCGGGAGAUGGGGCCACAGGGCUUGUCGGAAUCACAGACUUCUCUCCAGAAUGGUCCUACCCAGAGGGUGGAGUUAAGAUUCUCAUCACCGGCCCGUGGCUGGAGGACACCGAUGCCUACUCCUGCAUAUUUGAUCAUGUGACUGUGCCAGCCUCGCUCAUCCAAUCAGGAGUCUUACGAUGCUACUGCCCAGCGCAUGAGGCCGGCCUGGUCGCCCUGCAGGUUGUACAGCGCCAGCAGAUCAUCUCGCACUCCGUCAUCUUCGAGUACAGGGCAAGGAACUUCUUGUCACUGCCCAGCACCCAGCUCGACUGGCUGUCCCUGGAUGACAAUCAGUUCAGGAUGUCUAUACUGGAGCGUCUGGAGCAGAUGGAACGUCGGAUGGCAGAUAUGAGCUCUGGACAGCACCAGCCGUCGGCGGGAACACAGUGCGGCCCCCGCGGAGGAGACCACCAGGUGUCGGCGGCCGAUUCCUUUGAAGCUCGCCUGGUUGCGGUCUGUGAGAAGAUGAUGUCACAGACCUGCUGGGUGACAUCAGACCUUCUGGCACACGAGAUGAGUUUCCGAGGGAUGACCCUGCUCCACCUGGCCGCGGCUCAGGGCUAUGCCCGUCUUAUUGAGACCCUGAUUCAGUGGAGGAGCCUCCACUCUCAGAGCUUAGCUGUGGAGCUGGAGGUCGACCCUCUGAACGUGGAUCACUUCUCCUGCACACCCCUGAUGUGGGCCUGCGCUCUAGGACACACGGAGGCUGCAACACUGCUCUUCCGCUGGGACUGCAGAGCCCUAACCAUACCGGACUCCCUGGGGCGACUUCCUCUGGGAGUCGCCCGAUCACGAGGGCAUGUGAAGCUGGCAUCUACCCUAGAAGAGAUGCAGAGGCAGGACAUGGCGCGUGGAAACUUCACGGAUUUGCAGCAGUCAAGCUGGCAGUCGCUCGUGGGAAGUCAGGAGUUCAGUCGAGGGCUCUCUCCUCUGUCGACCAGCGCCGAUACGGGUCUCAGCAGCCUCCCCUCCCCCUCAGAGGUAUCAGAUGGGUCUGUCUCAGUAACCUCUGCGUAUUCCAGUAGUUCUGCCCUACGCGGCUCACCUGACUGCAGCCCAGAGAGCAGUCAAGACGCCCCAGUAGAGACGCCCCCCAAUUCUAGGAUACUGGGAGCUGCUUCAUGGGAGCUGGAGGACCCCAUAGAACACAUCUCCUACCUGGACUCUCCUGGAGUAGACGAAGCUGAUCUCAUUGAGUAUCAGGAGGAUACGGAGAACCAGGACUAUCUGCAGGUUGAUAUGGUUACCCUCGCAGAACAGAUCAUAGAAGCCACCCCAGACCGCAUCAAGCAGGACGACUUCACCGCAUCCGACUCUGCGGCUCCCAGGGAGAGGUCCGGAAAUCUCAGCAAGACCAUGGCAUGGCUGGCCAGCUACCUAGACACUGCCGACCAGAUGCCUGGGUUACCCCCUCAUGGGGAGGGGAUGCGUGCAGCUCGUGCUUUGGCUCGCUUUGCACAGAUGAACCCAGGAGAGGACGGCGGUAACCUGGCAUCAGAGAUUGGCGGUUAUGGGCAGCGCUUCAAACGGGUGAAUAGAAGAUCCAUGGAGGGGUUACGUGUCAAGGUGACACGAUCCGAGGCGCCGCCGUCCCCGACAACUCCUCCUCCUCCUCUAGGUGAGAUCUCCUUUGAAAGAUUUGAUCCCCCUGGUGCCGCACGAUGGUCAGAGUUCCUCAGUGCCUCAAGUAGUGGACGCAUGGAAAGUGAGUUUGCUCUGCUGACCCUCUCAGACCAUGAGCAGCGGGAACUGUACGAGGCGGCUCGCGUUAUCCAGACGGCCUUCCGCAAGUACAAGGGACGACGACUGAAGGAACAGCAGGACUUGGCGGCUGCGGUCAUUCAGCGUUGCUAUCGGAAAUAUAAGCAGUACGCGCUGUACAAGAAGAUGACGCAGGCGGCCAUCCUGAUCCAGUCCAAGUUCCGCAGCUAUUAUGAGCAGAAGCGUUUCCAGCAGAGCCGCCGGGCUGCUGUGCUGAUUCAGCAAUGUUAUCGCAGCUACAGAGAAGGGGCCCGGCGGGGCCCUGCAAUACAACAUCGCAUGAAGGGGUCAUUUCUCACAAAGAAGCAGGACCAGGCUGCUCGCAAGAUCAUGCGCUUUCUCCGUCGUUGUCGUCACAGGAUGAAGGAGAUAAAGCAGGCGCAGGAUCUGGACUGUUUACAGAAGAGGGGGCUGACCAAUUAACCCCUUGCUCCUGAUGGAUCGGCGCACUUCCUGGAACGCGGAGCCUCAGUGUGCACCGCCCAUGUGUGUGUGUGUAAAUAUUCCUGUGUGGCAUCACUCGUAACUCUUAAUGAGCUGCUCCGCGAGGCGCAGCGCCCCCGCCUGUGUGUCUCUGCAGUGUGCACAGGCGCAUGUACAUAGGCUAACCUGUACAAAUCUGUUUAUAUAUAUUUAUGCACGUCCUUCCCAGUGUAUGGCCCUGGCGGGAGCCCCCUAUGUGCACGUGUGGUGUAUACAUGUGCGGGGGAGGCCGGGCACCAUUGCAUGUGGCUGUAAUGUGCGCGUGUACAUAUCCGUAUAUAAAUAUAUACAUAUAUAUAUAUAGGGUUGUGUGUGUACAUACAUAUAUAUAUCUGUACAUUUGUGGCGAGGGUCACGUGAGCAUCACUCAGGCAGCUGAAUUAUUUAUUUCACUGGUGUCAUUUCAUGCACUUUGGUUUAUUAUUAUGCAGUUAUUACGUCUUUGUGUCUCUUUUUUUACGGUUCUUGCAGGACAUUUUUCAUCCGUUUUCCGUCGUUUUUGUCGGUGUUUUUAUAAAGCUAUUUUUUAGUCGUUGUUUUACAUUGUCCUGAAAGAUGAGAGCAGCGGAGGCAUAAAGUCCUCUGGGGUCCGGCGGGAGGGGAGGGCGCACAGAUACGGGACCUCCACGUUAGCCGGUAAGCGCCUGGGCGUCGCCGGCAGAGGUCGCCGUCAUGGGAGCGUCUAUUGCACUAUUAUUGGAGGGGGUUUUGUUCGUCCUCUCGCUACCCACGGCUGUAAGGACCAGCGGCGAGGGACGCGUUUCAGAGCCAAGCCUUUGCAGUCAGAUUUUGCAGUUUUAACACUUUUUACGUAACCUUUUCGCAUUGCUGAACCGGGGAGUAUAAAACGAAAGGCGAAACUUAUAUGGAGGGUCCGGUAUACGCACAAAGUAAAUGUGAGAAUGAUGUCGGGGUCUCGCAUGUAAUUGCAUGAAGCGGAUGCGGGCGACGUCUGUGCCCUUGGAUAUUUUUUUUUCUCCUAUUUGCCGUUUACUUGUUUUGGCAUUUUGUGUUUUUGUAAUUUAUUUUCCUUUUUCUGUCAAAUUAUUUCAUUUUCCCUUCUGCACUUUAUUUUAGUUAAUAUUUUUUUUAUUCCCCGCUUUGGCUAUAAAACACUGAAGGGAAUCGGGAAAGUUGAGCUGAAUUAUAAUUUUUUUUAUAAAAUUUUUUUGUUUUAUGAUCCUUGUUUUUUCAGUGAUAACACUAAAUAUUUUUUGUCUUUUCACCAAGGCUGAAAUAACAUGGAGAAUUAGAACAUGUAACGUAUUAUUCCAGUGUUUUGGGGGUUUUUUUGCCUGUUUUUUUUAACGAUUCCUAACUUUCUAAAAUUGUUUUUUACUAUUACCUUUUUAGAUAGUGGUUUUUUUUUCUCAAAGCGGCCCUCUGGUUCAAGACAAAAAACUGCUACCCCCUGGAGAAGGAACAGAAGAACUCUUAGAUGAUGACCCCUCCUGUCGUCUAGGAGGGCCGUACCAUUUCUCAGACUUCCUACUUGUUCAGCCAUGCUCUUGGAUUGGCCGGCACUGCUCAUGUGACCAGGAGUUCAGCAGGAAGUAUCAUGGUGCAGCCAUCUUGGAUGACAGGAGAGCAGCCUGGGAUUUGACAGGCCUGCCGCUGAAAGCGUGACUAGGAGGUCACCAGGGAGCUCUUCUGUCCGUUCUCCAGUUGAUGGGAUUUUUUUUUCUUGAACUUUUAAUUUUUUUUCAGACUUCCUUUUUUUUUCUCUGCCGUAUUUCAGGGCAAUAGAAGUCAAAUAAAAAAAAACUCUGAUUCCGUAAUUCCUCUGCAGCGGGGCAACGUAGGAAUGCACAGAAAUCCAUGUGUCCUACAGCGAGGGCGCAGCACGCACGGCUGCGCAGAAUCCACCCUCGAGAGAUUUUAUCAAACCUGAAUGUCUUUAUUAAAAACAAAAAUAUAUUUAGAAUUCACUAUUUUAUGGAUGUGGGAAUAUUAAUAUAUGAAGAGUUCUACAUUUCGUCUCCGUUUACCUCAUAUUGUUAGACCCCUUUUUUAAAAUUAAUUUUUGAAUUGUGUUUGUCCAAUCACUUUCCUUACCCGAAUCAUACAGUCGUAUCUAUAGGGGGGGGGGGAGGGGGGCAAAAAUAAAACAAUGGUGACAUGAAAAAUAAAUAUUUUGAAAUCUUUAAGGCGCCCCUGACGAUCGUAGGGGGCGGGAAAAAUUAUAUAUAAAAAAAAAAAAUUAACAAAAAAAAUUCCCUAUUUUUAUGAGCAGCCACCGGAGGAGGGGGGGGGGGGGGGUCUGCAUGAAAUGUAAAUAUUGUAAUAUAAAAAAUUUCUGCAAAUCUAAAAUUUAUUGCCUGCUUCACAUGCAAACAUUUUGAAAAUGCGAGAAUUGAUAAAUGGAUUUCCGUCAGAAUUUUCCGGCUUUUGUCCUGAGUAUUUUUACUUGUUUCGUUUUUUUGUUUAUUUGGGUUUUGGUUUUUUUGAGGGGGGGGAGAUAUCCUUUUUAUUUAUUUAUUUUUUGCAUGACUUUGUACCCAUUUACAUUAAAAAUGAUGGAUUGG